GGGAACGUUCAUAAAAUACACAAUACAAAAUCCGCGAUUUUGGACCCCUCCCCGCUCUUAACGGGUUACACGUUACACCCUCUUUUUAACAUGUGGCGCAAUUUCACCUGCAACGCAAAAGCCCUCCCCCACCGAUGCGUUACGCAUUUUACGAACGUUCCCAGAGGAUUUUCUCCUAUUAUUAAACCGAUUCAUUUAAUUGCAUCAGAAAUAAUAUGAUAUUUAAGAAAAUAGUCAACUGUACUCUGGUAGUAAGGCCCAUCACUGAUAAGAAAUUUACACAGAUUUAUGAUAUGCAUAAUGAGAGGCUACUUCCAUUUAAAGGCAAGGAAAAUUUAGAGCAUUGAGAGGUUGCUUUCCAUUUAUGUAGGUAACAUCUUAAAUAUUCGGAGGUUAAUUCCCAUUGUUUUGGAGAGACAUUAAAUUACUUCCUAAUUUGAAUAUUUAAUCCUUUUUGUACUUCUAAAUAUUUAGCAAAACUUUACAACGUGGAUCGCUGCAUUCCCGCCAUGAUCCAAUCGAACGCUAGCUACGUCCAUGCAAUUGACACAAAUGGACACUGCAACAACAUUUAUUCCGAAGAAAACUGCGUCGGCCAAUUCAUCCGGCUUCACCCUAGUCUCUGGUACCAAUCUGUCUUGAGCAUGGCGGCACAUCGUUGGGACGACGACGCUUUGGUUGCCAAUGAAAAAAUGAUCGUGGGUUCAAUCGGGCCGUGUUUGGGGAAAUGUGACCCUCAGAAUUGGGCCGGAAUGAUGCGGGAUGUUCCAACUAGCGUCACGCUUUAUUAUGCGGUAGACUACACUGAAGACAAUUAUCCUCUCUCAAUAUCUGGGAUGCAGUGCAUCACAACUCCACCAUUUAGAUGGUGGAAGUCGAUUAAAAUUUCAGGAACUGCCACAACCACGUGUGUCGAAUUUCAUGAUGGCGCCACUUGUGGGGGGAACUCGGUCCAACUACGGCCAGGAUAUCUAUAUCUGCAUCGUCUAUUUUUUUGGGCUUCAAUGUUGGGCAAGAUCCUGCCAUUUAUGUCGAAUCGGUCUCACUUUGCGGACAUACUUGCCCACCGGUCGUGGACAACUUAUCAACGACGACUAAAGCAACCACCACGACAAAGCUGAUGACGAUGAGGACGAUGGAAGAUGGGGCGACCAGUCAGUCCAAAUUGCGUGUUCAUGAAAAAGUUAGAAAUUUGCAAGGAGAAGAAGAACCAGCUCAUUCCCCGGUGUGGACCAUUCUGCUAAUUAUACUGGUAAUCUUAUUGGUCGUGUUUGGUGGGGUUUAUUGUUUUCAGCGGGAUCGAAAUGCAGACCUGUCUUAUCAAGAACGUUGCAACGCAGUUUACAAGUCAAAGUCGGAAAACCUUUAAAUACUCACUUUCCUAAUGUACACAGAAAUAUUCAAAUUAAACUGUCAAAUUAAAUUUAAAUAUUAAUUUAAAAAACCUACAUAAAUUUUUAACUCUUACCCACACAUGCAGGUUAAAAGAUACGACGAACAAGUCACAAUCUGUAUUUUCUUACUAUUAAAAGCAAGCCAGGCCAAUUGGAUUCUAAUCCGAGAUAUUAAAAUGAAGUGCAAUAAAUAAUUCCAAACAGUUUU